AUGGCUUCCCAACAGGGUGUUAAAAGAUUGACCAGGGAGUACAAGAUGAUAAAGGAAAACCCCCCUCCCUAUAUAACAGCUGUACCUCAUGAGGAUUAUAUUCUGCUAUGGCACUAUGUGAUUACUGGUCCGCCUGAUACUCCUUAUGAAGGAGGGCAAUACCACGGGACUUUGCUUUUCCCUUCGGAGUACCCAUUUAAGCCUCCUGCGAUUAAAAUGAUAACACCUAAUGGGCGGUUUAAAGAGAAUACCAGGUUAUGCUUGUCUAUGAGUGACUUUCAUCCAGACACGUGGAAUCCUUCGUGGUCAGUGGCGACGAUUUUGACAGGAUUAUUGAGUUUUAUGACAGGUGACGAGCAAACUUCGGGUUCUAUAAAUACUGGGGAUGCGCAAAAACGGUUACUUGCUCGCAAGUCGAAGGCUUAUAAUGCCAAAAGUAACUCUGCGUUCCAGUUGAUGUUCCCAGAAUUGGUUAAAAAGAACCUGGAGGAUAUUGAGUUGUCUAAGCAGAUUGAGGAGUCCAAGGAGAAAGACAAUCGCAAGUAUAAUUAUGAUAAGCUAGAGAAGGAGAAAGCGGUUUCACUCGACCAGAUUGAAGAUCCAGAGGAUAGAAUACGUGCGGAGCUAUUAAGCAAGCAAGAUAAGGACCAACUGGCUUCGAAUAGCGGCCGAAGUGGGAUCAUGUCAUGGUCAUUUUUUAUAUUAGCAAUAGUAUUGGUAAUAUGUUGUUUACGAUAA